AUGUACUGCCGCAUCAAUAUGAAUGUUCCAGUUCUCCAAAUAUUUUUUGAUGAUCAUGACACCAGGCGAGAUUUCAGGCUGAGCAGAGAGUCCCUGGCGGUGCUGCUGGACCUUCUCCACCAGGAAAGACGACACGGAUGGGGUGCCACAAUAGAGACCUUGGUCUUUCUCUUCUGGCUGGCGAGUGGGACAUCAUACAGGGUGGUCUCAAGGGCGUUUGGGAUGCCUCGCUCCACUGUUCACCGCAUCGUUCAUCGAGUUACUGAGGAGGUGGUGGCCAUUCGCCACAGGGUUAUCUACCUCCCCAAGACCGCUGACGACCUGGCGGCAGUAACUCAAGGGUUUGCAGGGCUGGCAAGACACAGAGCUUUUCUAAAAGCUGCUGGAGCAAUCGACGGCUGCCAUGUCAGGAUCAAGCCACCAAGCGGCCCUGAUGGUCAAUGCUAUAGGAAUCGCAAACUAUUUGCAUCUAUAAUUCUGCAAGCACUUUGUGACCAUCAGGGCCGCUUCAUCGACACGUACGUGGGCUGGCCGGGGUCGGUGCACGACUCCAGGGUACUCCGGCACAGCCCACUGUACAGGCGUGCCAUCUACCCUCCUCCAGGGUACUUCAUCUUGGCAGACGGUGGGUACCCGUGCCUCCAACAUCCACUCCCCCUCAUCACUCCCUACAAGCAGCCGGUACAAGGUGUGGGAGCCCAGCGCUUCAACAGCCAUCAUUCCAGGGCACGCUCCAUCAUAGAGCGUGCCUUUGGGAUGAUGAAGACGAGGUUUAGGGCCAUCUUCCUCCAAGCGCUGGAGGUGCACCACACCUUUGUGCCUCAGGUCAUAACAGCAUGUGCCGUCCUGCACAACAUCUGCCUGGGUGCUGGUGACAUCAUGGCCCCAGAGGAUGAAGUGCAGGACGACAUGCCGGAGGAUGAGGGGGAGAACGGGUUGGAGGCAGUCAGUGGUGCUCCAUGGCGGAACCAGCUGUCUGCAGAGGUGUCUGCCCUGGAGGAGGGUGUCCUCGACCAUGAUUACCUUUAGAGGUGACAUGGCAGCCGUCGAUUGCGUCAGCCCUGCAAACCCCGUUGAUGGACGAUGUGGUGGACAGUGGAGACAUGCAUCCCCCACCCCUGACAUGAUGUCCCACUCACAGCCAGAAGACUCCAGGGUCUUUAUUGUGGCAUCCCAUCCAGUCCAGCAGCACCACCAGGGACUCCUGCUCAGCCAAUAAUUAAACUGUAUAUAUGUUCUCUAUAAAUAGUAAUUUCUGAUCUUUUGUAAAUAGUUGUACAUGUUAAGAAUACCCAAUAGUUAUAGUUAUAAAUGUUCAUAUUGUAUCUUUGUAAAUAUUUGUUAAUCACAGAAAAAAUAAAUUACUUGUGUUGUCACUGAAAAGGAGUUCAAAAGUUUACUUUAGUUGUAAAUAAGAAAUGGAACAGAUAAUGUAACAAGGUUAUAAGAUUUUAAUUUAACUAUAUACAAUAUUUAGAACAGAAAAUGGAACAAGGUUACAAGAUUUUAAUUUAGAACUAUAUACAAUAUUUUUAAUUAACACUUUAAAUAAGAAACACAGAACUUAAUCGAACAGAGAAAAAAAACAUCCAAAAAAAAAAAAAUCACUGUCUGUCAACCAUCCUCUCCAAUAAGCUGAAAAGUCUCUCCAUCCUCUCUCUGCUCUCUCUUUCUCUCCUCUGCCUCCCUCUGCAACCUCAUGUCUUCCCUGAUCAGGUCUAUAAUUUCAUUAUCUCUUCCCCUUCUUCUCUUUCUUUUGCCUGUUGUUGCUGGCCCUGGCUGCCUUUCCUCAUCC